GCGAUUUGGGCUAGCGUCUUCUCAGUGUCCUGUUCAAGGUUUACUUUCCAAUACUCGGCUGCCAUGGGUGUAUUGAAUGCUCUUCGACGGGGCCUACUGAGAGGGGCAGAUCGUAUGGCGGAAUUCACCAGCAAGCGUGGCGGCAGGAGUAACUACAAAGGAAGAGGUGCACAACCAACUGGAAUACUGACCUCCAGUAGAAAGUUUAUCCCAGUACAGGCAAUGAUUCCCCAGUUUGUGGUGCCUAACUUGGAGGGAUUCAAACUCAAACCAUACGUGUCCUACCGCUCCCCGGUUGGUACCGAACCCCCAGUCACCCCUGAGGGGUUGUUCUCUGAGGCUGUGGCACCACAAAUCCAGAAAGACCUUGAGGAAGGCUCCUUUGAUAUGGAACAGCUGGAGAAAUAUGGAUUUGAACCUACACAAGAGGGAAAGUUAUUCAAACUCUACCCCAAAAACUUUGUAAAAUAAGUAGACCGCCUAAUCUGAUUCACCUGGAACUGGACUAGGCAUCAAGGACCAUUAACUUAAUUUACUCUUCGUUAAGAGGUUUCUAAUAAGAAAAUGUUUGGCCAAUGCUCAUGUUUUUCUUUCUGUGCCUAUAUACCCUAGCAUACAUUUUAAAAAUAAUUUGCUUUUGUUGAUUCCUGUAAUUUCAGCAAAUUCAAUCAUAAAAAGGUGUCUUUCUCUAUAUUUUAAUAAUAAAACACAUUAUUG